CUUUCGGCUAGCAAACAUUUAUGUCAAGUGCGCAACAAUUUACUGUUUUUACUUACAACGAAAUUAAUUUUGAGGAACAUUUUUAAGCCGUGCUGCCGAAAUUUGUAGAAGACUGAAGAGGCUGAGUGCUGAAUGUAGAAAAAUUAGUAAAAACGAAUAUAGACUAAAAUUCUAGUAAAUAGUUCAAAACAUGUUUAAAUUAGCGCAAAAGUUAUUGCCGCAGCAGCGUUUGCUACAACGUACUGCCUUGAUGCGUAGAUUUAUAUCAACCAGCGACGAAGUUAAAUCUGUGGAUACAAUUGGCGGCUUGCCCACUGAAUUGGUCAACGAGAAGAAACUGAAGAAGACAACGAGAACUUUAUCUACGCUACAAAAUCAUUCGGUGCCAAUUGCAGCGCGCGUCACAGUUUCAAAAGAUGAAAGUCGCGACUUUAUGGCCGUAUUUCCAGAUGUGGUCCGUGACCUAACGAAUUACACAAAGGGGUUCAAUUGCAGUGAUGCUGUUAAAUGGUUUGCCCAGGUCAUGCAAUACAAUGUGCCCCGUGGCAAAAAGAAUCGCGGCAUCUUAACGGUGCUUACAUAUAAAAAUCUAGUACCUGCCGAAGACCUAACACCCGAGAAUAUAAAACUAGCCCAAUAUUUGGGUUGGUGUGUCGAAAUGCUGCAAAGUUUCUUCAUUAUGUCGGAUGACGUGAUGGACAAUAGUAUCACGCGUAGAGGUCAAAAGUGUUGGCAUCGAGUGGAAUCUGUUGGCCUGAUAGCCAUUAAUGAUGCCAUCAUGAUAGAGAAUGCCAUGUAUGCGAUACUUAAACAACACUUUAGUCAUUUGGAUUGUUAUGUGGCUUUAAUGGAGCUGUUCCAUGAAGUCACCUACAUCACAACUUGUGGACAAUCUCUCGAUUUGCUUAACUCGAAUAAAAGUGUAUCAGAAUUUACAAUGGAGAACUAUAAAGCAAUUGUGGAUAAUAAGACCGCUCACUAUUCCUUUUACCUGCCCUUCGCUCUAGCCAUGCAUUUAGCCGGCUACAAAGAUGCCGAAGCAUUUAGACAGUCAAAGACGAUUCUACUCGAAAUGGGUCAUUUUUUCCAGGUACAAGACGAUUUUCUUGAUUGCUUUGGCAAUCCAGAAGUUACUGGCAAAGUGGGCACAGACAUUCAGGACAACAAAUGCUCCUGGCUCGCUGUGGUGGCCAUGCAGCGUGCCAAUGCAGAGCAAAAACAAAUAAUGAUAGACAGCUAUGGACAAAGUGAUCCUCUCAAAGUAGAACGCGUUAAGGCUCUAUACAAGGAGCUUAGCCUGCCCUCUACUUAUGCCAUAUUUGAGGAGGAAUCUUACAAUAUGAUCAAAACUCACAUACAGCAAACAUCUCGAGGAGUGCCGCAUCAAACAUUCUUACAAAUACUUAACAAAAUCUAUCAAAGAGACUCUUAAGCAUUAUACUAUAUACAUAUAGUAUAUAUAUGCACAAUAGUUUUUAGACCCAAUUGCCAGGGCAAUUAUAAAUGCAAUAAGUAAAACAUAGAAUUUUUUGAACUCACGAAUUAUGUUCUGCUUUUAAUC